AUGACUGACAACGAGCAGCAGAAUGGUCCCUCAGAGGAUCAACCUGUGGAGAAGACUGCAAAACAGUUGGAGAAAGAGGCGAAGAAAGCCGCAAAGUUGGAAAAACUUAAGGCUAAACUUGAUAAGCAGAGUACAGCGCCAACUGUGCAGAAAGAUAAACUUGAGAAAAAAGCGAAAGAAACAAAAGAAAGUGCAGUGUACACAGGUAACACGGCACCAGGGGACAAGAAGGACAUUGCAGGAUCUAUGCCGGAUGCAUACAGCCCCAAGUAUGUGGAAGCUGCCUGGUAUGCUUGGUGGGAGAAGCAGGGCUUUUUCAAACCAGAAUAUGGAAGAAAAUCCGUCCUAGAUCCAAACCCAAAAGGCAAGUUUGUGAUGGUGAUCCCACCGCCCAACGUGACAGGCACGCUGCAUCUAGGACAUGCUCUCACCAAUGCUGUUGAAGAUGCAUUGACAAGAUGGAAUAGGAUGUCAGGCCGCACGACGUUGUUAAACCCAGGUUGUGAUCACGCCGGUAUCGCUACUCAAGUUGUGGUGGAGAAGAAAAUAUGGCGCGAAGAGAAAAAGACCAGACACGAACUUGGCAGAGAGGAGUUUAUCAAGCGUGUUUGGCAUUGGAAAAAUGAAAAAGGUGACCGUAUCUACGAGCAACUCCGUUCACUAGGCUCAUCCUACGACUGGUCCCGCGCCCGCUUCACCAUGGACCCGUCAAUGUGCCGCGCCGUCAACGAAGCGUUCAUACGAUUGCACGAAGCGGGAGACAUCUAUAGAGCUAAUCGAUUGGUUAACUGGUCAUGUGCAUUGAAGAGUGCUAUUUCGGAGAUUGAAGUGGAUAAGCUGGAGUUAAAAGGACGGACUAUGUUGGCCUUGCCUGGAUAUGACCAGAAGGUAGAGUUCGGUGUACUAGUGCACUUUGCGUACAAAGCAGAGAACUCAGAUGACGAAAUAAUCGUAGCCACCACUCGAAUUGAGACCAUGUUGGGUGAUGUGGCUGUCGCUGUGCACCCUAAAGACCUAAGGUACAAACACAUGAUCGGCAAAAAUUUAGUGCACCCGAUAUUAAAAAGGAAAUUGCCAGUCAUAGCCGAUGAAUAUGUGGACAUGGAAUUUGGAACCGGCGCUGUCAAAAUCACUCCUGCGCACGAUCCUAACGACUUUGAGAUCGGCAAAAGACACAAGCUGCCGUUCAUCACCAUCUUGGACGACGAGGGCAAGAUGCUCGACAACUGUGGACCUUUUGCAGGUAUGAAACGCUUCGACGUGCGUCGUGCAAUAAUAAAGACGUUGGAGCAACAAAAGUUAUAUCGCGAAACAAAAGAACACGCGAUGAUCGUCCCACAGUGCAGCCGCUCGAAAGACAUCAUUGAACCGAUGCUUAAGCCCCAAUGGUACAUUCGUUGCGACAAAAUGGCAGCGGAUGCAAUAAAAGCUGUCAAAACGGGCGAACUCAAAAUCAUCCCAGAUGUGCACGAGAAGAUCUGGUAUCGUUGGAUGGAGAAUAUCCGCGAUUGGUGCAUUUCGAGACAGCUAUGGUGGGGGCAUCGUAUUCCUGCAUAUAAAGUGACGUUGCCAGAAGAACGGGAAGAGGAGGAACCGUCGAUCGGCGUAAGCAAGUCGGCCCCGCGGCGUCGGCGCACGCGGUCCGGCCGCAAGAAGAGCGCGCGCAUCCGCUGCCGCGCACGCGCGUCUAUCUCGCGCGGUACUUUUUCAGAAGACGAACUCUGGGUGUCAGCACACACAGAAGACGAGGCUCUCGUCAAGGCAGCUGCCAAGUUCAACAUCACCAAAGAAGAAAUCACGCUUAACAGGGACGAAGAUGUUCUGGACACCUGGUUUUCUUCUGGAUUGUUUACCUUUUCUAUAUUUGGAUGGCCGGAUAACACGGAAGAUUUACAAGCAUUCUACCCCGGUACAUUGUUAGAAACAGGACACGAUAUUCUCUUCUUUUGGGUAGCAAGAAUGGUGUUCUUCGGACAGAGACUUAUGGGAAAACUUCCAUUUAAAGAAGUGUACCUGCAUCCAAUGGUGCGCGAUGCACACGGACGAAAAAUGUCCAAGUCUCUCGGCAACGUUAUAGACCCUGUGGACGUAGUCAGAGGGGUGACUUUGGAAGAACUCCAUGCGCAGUUGCUAGAUUCCAAUUUGGACCCACGUGAGUUCGAGAAGGCUAAAGCUGGACAGAAACAGGACUACCCAAAUGGUAUACCCGAGUGUGGCACUGAUGCCCUUAGGUUCGCCCUCUGCGCUAUGACGCAAGGCCGCGAUCUGAACUUGGACAUCCUGCGCGUGCAGGGCUACCGAUUCUUCUGCAACAAACUCUGGAACGCUACCAAAUUCGCUUUCAUGUACUUCCCUAAGGACACUACAUACGAGGUGCACCCACCAUCUCUACCCGCAGACCUGUGCUCGAUGGACCGCUGGAUGCUUAGCCGAGUGGCCUUGGCCGUGGAAAAAAUUAACACUAGCUUCCAGAAUUACGACUUCCCGGCUGCUACCACGCAUUGCUACAACCUUUGGCUUUAUGAUCUCUGUGAUGUUUACUUGGAAUACCUUAAACCAGUAUUCGCGCAAGGCAGUGACGCGCAGAAAGAAGCAGCAAGACGUACUCUGUACACCGCACUCGAAUACGGCCUCAAACUGCUGAGUCCAUUCAUGCCUUUCAUCACAGAAGAGUUGUACCAGAGGUUGCCGAAACGGGAUACUUCCUGCCCUUCGAUAUGCGUUGCAAGUUAUCCUCAAGAAUCCGAUGCCCCCUGGCGGUCAGAGCCUCUCGAAUCAGACGUCGAAACCGUUCUCAAGAUGAUCCAUCUGAUCCGAUCCACCCGUUCAGAGUAUAACCUUGCCAACAAACAGAAGACCUUGGUACACCUUGUAAUUAGUCAGGAGUUGGAAGUAGAGAAGCUGAAGGAUCUCUUCAGGAGUGUACAGUCUCUGGCCAACAGCGAACUGUCCGAUGAAGAACCCCCUAUUGGAUGUUCGAUUUUGACUGUUUCAGAUAAGAUUGAAGUGCAUUUGGUACUCAAGGGCCUGAUAGACCCACAAAAAGAAAUAGCCAAACUGGAUAAGAAGAAAGAAUCUUUAACCCAAACAAUAAACAAAUUGCAACAAGCAAUGGCGGCGGAAGACUACACAACGAAAGUACCCGAUGAAGUCCAGAAAACCAACACUGAAAAACUUACUCAGUCACUGGGUGAAAUGGAAAGACUGCUUAAAGCUGUUGAAACAUUAAAACUCAUGUGAAAUAGUGACAUUUCUAACUUAGCCAAUCUAUUUCUUAACUUACUUUUUUCGUUAUCGUGAUUUUUUUGACGUUUCGUUAUAGAACGACAGUCGGAAUUCACAAGCAUAAUUGGCACUCAUCGAGUAUAUAACCAGAAAUUGAGACUAAAUAAGGGUCUGGCAACUCAUCAGGUAAAUGGGCCUUAUAUCACUUUUAAAUAUAAACUCUCGUUUGCGCUGAAAUCUCAAAAUUAGAAAACUGAAAUAGUACGUGUGCACGUCUCCAUAUUUUCCAAAAAUAUUCUUUAUUUAUUGUAAUAAAGAUAAUAUCUGUAACAAUAGGGAAUGUUUCGGCGGCCUGGGAAAAACAACAAAACAUCUAAUUAUAAAACAAACGGAAUCACAUUUAU